AUGGCGAGAGCACCAGAGGACGAUGACGGGAGGACACAGAGGGCGUCUGAGGACGCAAAUGCUAACGCUGCGUUAGCGAAGAUGGGAUACAAGAGCGAACUACCUCGAAAUCUGGGCAUGAUGAGUGUUCUCGGCCUAUCCUUUGCUAUCAUGGCUGCUCCCUUUGGGCUGAGCACCACGCUAUAUAUCACUCUUACCGAUGGACAGUCGGUCACUAUAAUCUGGGGCUGGGUGCUCGUCACCUUGAUAUCCAUCGCUAUCGCAGCGUCACUCGCGGAGAUAUGUUCUGUAUAUCCAACCGCAGGAGGAGUAUACUACUGGAGUGCGAUGCUGUCAACGCGGGAGUGGGCGCCAUUGAUGUCAUUUAUCGACGGGUGGCUGACGCUCGUGGGAAACUGGACCGUAACCUUGAGCAUAAACUUCUCUGGAGGCCAGUUGAUCCUGAGUGCGAUUUCGCUCUGGAAGGAAGACUUUGUCCCAAAUCAGUGGCAGACCAUCUUGAUGUUCUGGGCGGUUAUGCUGGUCUGCGCGUUGGUAAACAUAUUUGGAUCGCGAUACCUAGAUCUCAUCAAUAAAAUAUGCAUAUUUUGGACAGCGUCUAGCGUGCUUAUUAUCAUGAUCACCUUGCUUUCGCUUGCUGAUCAGAGAAGAAGCGGGAAAUUUGUUUUUACGCACUACGAUGCGUCUGCUAGUGGAUGGCCUACGGGAUGGGCGUUCUUUGUUGGCUUGCUCCAGCCUGCUUAUACCCUGACUGGAUACGGGAUGGUUGCAGCCAUGUGCGAAGAAACACAGAAUCCUCACCGAGAGGUCCCCAAGGCAAUUGUUCUCUCAGUCGUCGCCGCCGGAGUAACUGGUCUCGUAUACCUGAUCACUCUUCUUUUCGUCCUACCAGAGGUAAAGAUGCUCCUCUCGGUCGCCAACGGCCAACCGAUCGGCCUUUUAUUCAAGACAGUCACUGGCUCAGCAGCUGGUGGCUUCGGAAUGCUCUUUUUGAUCAUGGGUAUCCAGAUAUUUGCCGGAAUCGGCGCUCUCACUGCCGCCAGUCGCUGCACCUAUGCAUUCGCUCGUGAUGGUGCUAUCCCAGGAUCUCGGAUAUGGAAAAGGGUAAGUAGUCGAUUCGGCGUCCCCUUGUGGGGGAUCGUUCUCUCGACUUCGGUAGACUGUCUUUUAGGAUUGAUCUACUUUGGCUCCGCUGCGGCUUUCAACUCCUUUACCGGUGUGGCUACAAUCUGCCUGUCAACCUCCUACGGUCUACCGAUCUUGAUAUCCCUCGUUCGCCGUCGCAAGAUGUUUAAGAAUGCGCCUUUUUCCCUGGGUAAGUUUGGAUAUGUGAUUAAUGUGACAACAGUCUGUUGGAUAUGUUUCUCUACCUUCCUUUUCUGUUUGCCGGUGUCUUUGCCAGUCACGCCGUCGAGCAUGAAUUAUGCAAGUGUUGUGUUUGCCGGAUUCGCCACCAUCAGCGUGGUUUGGUAUUUUGUCAGGGCGCGCAAAGCAUUCACAGGUCCCCCAAUGUCCAUGGAUGAUGCUAGAAAAGGCGAGGCUGGUGUGUUGUCCGGUACAACAGUGCCUCACAUAGAGGAUGGAGUCAUAUCUUUGGAUAUUAAAUCGAAGCCGGAAGAACAGCAUGUCGAACAUGGAAUCAAGAUAUAA